UUGAGCGCCUGUCAAGAAGAUGGCGGCUUCCUGGGCGGCAUGAAAAGAUGUAGAGUUAGCAAUAUCUACAGUGAAAGGCGCACCCAGGGUCGAAUUCGUUCUCUGAGUCCUCCCUCGUGAUUUUUAAAUUAAGUUAACGAAUCGGAACGAAGAAGUGGACAUGGCUUCUUCGGGGACCUCGGUUCUGCAGCCGCGCUGGAAGAGGGUUCUGGGCUGGUCUGGCCCGGUUCCUCGCCCGAGACACGGACACCGAGCUGUGGCCAUUAAAGAGCUGAUGGUGGUGUUCGGCGGAGGGAAUGAAGGCAUUGUAGACGAGCUGCACGUCUAUAAUACAGCCACCAAUCAGUGGUUUAUUCCUGCUGUCCGGGGUGACAUUCCUCCCGGCUGUGCCGCAUAUGGAUUUGUGUGCGACGGCACUAGACUCCUUGUGUUUGGGGGCAUGGUUGAGUACGGAAAGUAUAGCAAUGAUCUUUACGAACUACAGGCCAGUAGAUGGGAGUGGAAACGUUUGAAGCCCAAAGCCCCCAAGAAUGGCCCACCACCAUGUCCUCGCCUGGGCCACAGCUUUUCCCUGGUUGGAAACAAAUGCUAUUUGUUUGGUGGACUGGCAAAUGACAGCGAAGAUCCCAAAAACAAUAUUCCCAGAUACCUGAACGACCUCUACACACUCGAGCUACGCCCGGGGUCUAACGUAGCGGGCUGGGACAUCCCCAUUACAUACGGUGUGCUUCCUCCUCCUCGUGAGAGCCACACUGCUGUUGUCUACACAGAGAAAACGUCCAAAAAGUCUCGUCUUGUCAUCUAUGGCGGCAUGAGUGGUUGCCGUCUUGGAGACCUCUGGACUUUAGACAUAGAUACUUUAACUUGGAAUAAACCUGCCAUAAGUGGUGGGGCCCCUUUGCCCCGCAGUCUCCACUCUGCAACCACUAUAACCAACAAGAUGUUUGUGUUUGGUGGAUGGGUUCCUCUGGUCAUGGAUGAUGUCAAAGUAGCCACACACGAGAAGGAAUGGAAGUGCACUAACACACUGGCCUGCUUAAAUCUAGACUCAAUGUCUUGGGAAACCAUCUUGAUGGACACGCUUGAAGAUAAUAUCCCAAGAGCCAGAGCCGGACACUGCUCUGUGGCUAUAAACAACAGGCUUUACGUCUGGAGUGGAAGAGAUGGCUACCGCAAAGCCUGGAACAACCAAGUUUGCUGCAAAGAUCUGUGGUAUUUGGAAACGGAUCGCCCUCAGCCUCCGUCACGUGUGCAGCUGGUCCGUGCCAACACCAACUCUCUGGAGGUGAGCUGGGGGGCAGUGCCUACCGCUGACACUUACCUGCUGCAGCUGCAGAAAUAUGACAUCCCUGCUGCAACAGCUGCCACAUCGCCAACGGUCAACCCAACCCCGUCUUUACCCAUCAACUCGCCUAAGAGUCCGGCACCCGCCGCUGCUGCUCCUGCAGCUCAGAGUCUGCCCCUCACUGGGGUCACAAUGGUGCCACAAGUUCCUUCGCCCACCACCGCCAUGCCAAGCAGCCCGCUUGCAGCCUCACCUCGUGGACCAGCUAUUCUCAAAGUGGCAGCGCCUCAUUCCACCCCUGGGACGUCAGUCGUUACUGUACGUCAGGCUACUCCAGGAGGGAAAUCCCCAGUCACGGUUACAUCACUUCCUGCAGGUGUCCGCAUGGUUGUUCCUGCACAGAGCACCCAGGGGACGCCAAUCGGCAGCAGUCCUCAGAUGAGUGGCAUGGCUGCAUUGGCUGCAGCCGCAGCUGCCACACAGAAGAUCCCGCCCUCUUCCACGACCACUGUGCUAAAUGUCCCAGCCGGAGCCACCAUUGUAAAAACGGUCGCUGUGACUCCUGGAUCCACAACUUUACCAGCUACUGUCAAAGUAGCUUCACCUGUAAUGGUUACUAAUCCUGCAACCCGAAUGCUGAAAACGGCUGCAGCUCAGGUCGGCACUUCUGCCAUCUCUACUCCUAACACUCCGACUCGGCCCAUCAUCACAGUGCACAAAUCAGGCACAGUAACCGUAGCCCAGCAGGCUCAGGUCGUCACUACCAUGGUUGGAGGAGUCACUAAAACUAUAACCCUCGUUAAGAGCCCCAUUACAAUGGGUGGCAGUGGUCCUCUGAUCUCCAGCCUUGGGAAAAUGAUGUCUGUUGUCCAGACCAAACCAGUACAAACCUCUGCGGUCACCGGGCAGGCUGGAAGCAGUCCUGUUACUCUUAUACAAACAAAGACUCCUCUGCCUGCUGGUACCAUCCUGAAACUGGUCACAUCUGCCGAUGGCAAGCCCACCACAAUCAUAACAACAACACAGGCAGGAGGGGCUGGCACCAAACCCACUAUCCUGGGCAUCAGCACCGUCUCUCCAACUGCCGCCAACAAACCCGGAACCACCAUUAUUAAAACCAUUCCCAUGUCUGCAAUCCAACAAGGAGCGGCAGGUCUGACUACCAGCUCUGGUGUCAAGUCCCCCAUCACAAUUAUCACAACUAAGGUUGUUACUCCUGGCACGGGUACUCCAGGGAAAAUCAUAACCGCUGUGCCAAAACUGACUGGUGCGGGACAACAGGGGGUCACACAGGUGGUGCUGAAGGGGGCACCAGGGCAGCCCGGCACUAUCCUGCGCACUGUGCCUAUGGGUGGUGUGCGUCUGGUUUCACCAGGCAGCGUUUCUGCUGGAAAACCAACUGUUACCACACUGGUGGUCAAGGGCACCACGGGAGUCACAACUCUGGGUACAGUAAGUGGCACUGUGUCGACUAGCAUGGCAGGAGCCAAUGUGGUAAGCGCUAAUGCCAGCCUAGUGACUCCAGUCACCACACUUGCCUCUAUAGCCACAUUGUCCAACCAGGUUAUCAGUCCCACCGCCAUUACUGUAUCUGCUGCCCAGACCAACCUUGCCACUGCUACAAUACAAUCGGCAGCCCAGCCUACUCAAGUAACCCUCAUCACGACUCCAAGUGGUGCUGAGGCCCAACCUGCACAGGAUCUUCCUGUCUCCAUCCUAGCCUCUCCCACUUCAGAGCAACCCUCCACCACUGGUGCUGAUGCUGGUGACGGCGCUGGCGAUGGUACUACCACUGUGACACUGGUCUGCUCCAACCCUCCUUGUGAGACCCACGAGACAGGAACGACCAACACGGCGACAACGGCUUCUGCUAAAAUGGGCACCGAACAGAUUUGUUCCAACCCUCCUUGUGAGACGCACGUGACGGGCACCACCAACACAGCCACCACGGCCUCUGCGAACAUGGGCAGAACACAGCAGGUGUGCACCAACCCACCCUCAGAGACCCACGACACAGGCACCACCAACACAGCCACCACUGCCAGCUGCAACAUGGGAUCUAAAGAGAUGGGAACUGUGAACAGCAAGACGGCAGCGUCUUCGUCAGCUACGUCUUCAGCUUCUGGUUCGGAGCCAGCAACACCCGUCUCGGAGAGCAGUGGUGGAUCGGGCCCCAUGCGGCCGGAGAACCUCCGCACAGGGACCACCAACACCUCUACUACCGCCCGCUCCAACAUGGGCUCAGACCAGACGGGAACGGUGCAGAGCUCCAACAAGAGCCAGGCAGCCAUCUCCUCUACGCUGAUGCCUGUUUCCGCCAACUCUCCCGGCGAAACGAAUGAGACGGGCUCCGCAAAUGCUUCACCUGUGUCUGGUGAUGUCCAACAGGUCUGCUCAAAUCCUCCCUGUGAGACACACGAGACAGGCACGACCGACACGGCUACUCAGUCAAGCUCUAAUACGAGCAGUGGACAAACCAAUGUUGUACAGAGGGUGUGUUCCAAUCCCCCAUGUGAAACUCAUGAGACGGUUACCACCAACACACCGACCCAGGCCUCAUCUAGUAUUGGUGUUGGACAGAAUGCCGCUGUGCAGCAGGUGUGCUCCAAUCCGCCCUGUGAAACCCAUGAAACGGGCACUACAAACACACCGACCCAAGCCUCGUCUUCUAUCGGUGCUGGACAGAACGCCACUGUGCAGCGGGUGUGUUCCAAUCCACCCUGUGAAACCCAUGAAACGGGCACUACAAACACACCUACUCAGGCCUUGUCUUCUAUCGGUGCUGGACAGAACGCCACUGUGCAGCGGGUGUGUUCCAAUCCACCCUGUGAAACCCAUGAAACGGGCACUACAAACACACCGACCCAAGCCUCGUCUUCUAUUGGUGCUGGACAGAAUGCCGCUGUGCAGCAGGUGUGCUCCAAUCCGCCCUGUGAAACCCAUGAAACGGGCACUACAAACACACCGACCCAAGCCUCGUCUUCUAUCGGUGCUGGACAGAACGCCACUGUGCAGCGGGUGUGUUCCAAUCCACCCUGUGAAACCCAUGAAACGGGCACUACAAACACACCUACUCAGGCCUUGUCUUCUAUCGGUGCUGGACAGAAUGGUGCUGUGCAGCGGGUGUGCUCCAAUCCACCCUGUGAAACCCAUGAGACCGGCACCACCAACACAGCCACAACAGCAACAAGCAGCUUAGAAACUGGAGAAGGAGCAGCCCAGCAGGCCGGUGAUGGACAGAGUGACAGCGGCACCAGCUCAGAACCCUCAUCAUCUACAGAACCAGCCAAUCCCACGACGCAAAGCAGAGCCAUCACAACAGUAACACAGGCCACGCCCACUCCAGGACCAUCUGUACCGGAGAUCUCAUCCAUGGCUGGAUCUGCGGUAGUGGCUGAGGUCCCAGGAGAGGCCGAGGCCAUGGAGCAGACCAGCGCUGAGGCCGUGGCGGUGGGAGAAGAGCCCAUGCAGUCCGAGUGUCAGGGAGAGCUGGGUGAAGAGGCAGCCGUCAGGGUCGUUGCCAUCGAUGAAAGUGCAGAGGGUGAGGAGGGCGCCAUGCUACAGGUUCAUGUCGCCAUGGAAGCACAGCCAGGACAAGGAGAUCAGGCAGAGCAAAUGGAGGCUGGUGUGGAGGGCGCAGAAGCAAUGAGUCUCGCUGCUCAAGACUCAGAAGCCCUUGCUCUGCCUCAGGAGCUGAUGUCUGCAGAAGGACAGCAAACCACCCUCAUGGUGACCGGACUGACCCCAGAGGAGCUGGCAGUGACGGCAGCGGCUGAGGCUGCAGCACAGGCUGCAGCUACAGAAGAAGCUCAGGCCCUCGCCAUCCAGGCUGUCUUACAGGCGGCUCAGCAGGCGGUGCUCAGCGAGGCAGACGCAGGCCACGACGGGCAGCCAACCACCACCAUCCCUAUAGUUUUGACUCAGCAGGAGCUCGCCGCUCUGGUUCAGCAGCAGCAGCAGCUCCAGGAGGCGCAGGCAGCCGCAGCCCAGCAGUUAAGCGCUGAAGCAGCCGCAGCGGCACUGCCCACUGAAGGCUUGGCACCAGCAGACAGUCUCAAUGACCCAGCGUCUGAGAGCAACGGCCACGAAAUGACAACUGCUGUUGUGGGAGCUGUGGCCCGUCUCCUUCCACGUACGUCUACAGAGACUCUAGCCCCAUCAAGUACUUUUGCACCAUCUCAGCCGAUGGUCGUUGCCAGUCCAGCAAAGAUGCAAGCGGCAGCUGCUUUAGCUGAGGUGGCCAAUGGGAUUGAAUCAGUAGCUGGGAAGCAAGAAGCUCCUCCACCUGUUGUAAAGCCACCGGUGAAGAAAGAGAAUCAGUGGUUUGAUGUCGGAAUCGUUAAGGUCACAAACAUGGUUGUCACACACUAUUAUGUGCCAGCAGAUGAUUCUGCGCUCACUGAUGAUGAUUCUGGCACAAUCCCAGACUACAGCCGAAUGAAAAAGAUUGAGCUUUCUCCGGGCACUGCAUACAAGUUCCGUGUGGCCGGGAUUAACACGUGUGGCCGUGGGACGUUCUCAGAGGUCUCUGCAUUUAAGACAUGCUUGCCUGGCUUCCCUGGAGCACCGUGUGCCAUCAAAAUCAGCAAGAGUCCUGAUGGUGCCCACCUAACCUGGGAGCCUCCUUCAGUGACGUCAGGGAAGAUCAUCGAGUAUUCGGUGUAUCUGGCAAUCCAAAGCUCACAAACAGUUGAGGCUAAAGCGUCCGCUCCGGCUCAGCUUGCCUUUAUGCGGGUGUACUGCGGGCCCAACCCGUCCUGCCUAGUGCAGUCGUCUAGCCUCUCCAAUGCCCACAUCGACUACACCACCAAACCCGCCAUCAUCUUCCGCAUCGCUGCACGCAACGAGAAGGGGUACGGCCCUGCAACGCAAGUCAGGUGGCUACAAGAAACCAGUAAAGAUGGCUCUGCGGCCAAACCUGCAGCAAAGAGGCCGGUCUCGUCACCUGAUAUGAAAGGCGCCGGUCCAAAGAAGGCCAGAUCUGACCAGUGAGAGUUCACCGUGACACCUGACCCCGCCCCGUUUAUGAGCUGAACCAUGACUGAACUCCACCUCCUGCUGAAUGACCUUCCUGCUUUCACUUCUCAGCCCAUUCCAUCCUCUGCAAUGAACCCGGAAGGAAACUGCAGCCAAAAAUAGGAAAACGUUCAAAACAAGGAAAAAAGCUUUCCGUUUUUGAGAGAUCCGUUCCUGUCACUGGACAUGUUGGUGCCAUGGACGCCUAAUUUCCAACUGUAUUUUUAACAAAAAAAAAAACAAAUGUUCCUCCUCAGAAGCACAUACAUUUGCUUUUCCUGACGAUUUUGUGUAAAGAGAUUCCAACAGCAGCGUUCAACCUAGUUAUAACUGUAUUAUCAGAUACUCAUUCUUUGUUUUCCUCCCUUGAUAUUCAUUUAUUUUUAAGCUUAUUUCAAUACAAGCAAUAGAUAACGACAGAAAAAUAACUUUGCUCUCUUGUCAGUUUGUUGAUGUUUUCAUUGUUUGGGAGGUCUGUAUAUUUCAACCGCGUGCUGAAAGGAGACGGAGACACGGAGGAGAGAGUAUGGAGGGCGAAACGAAGCAGGGGAAACGCAUCAAAGUCUAAGGAAAACGGACAGCACUUGGUGACGCUUGUGAGGGAAAAGACUCAGUUCGUAAUUAUUCAUUCACUUCGAGUUCAGUAGCCUGUUUUGCAUCACUGUGUGUUCAUACAUUUGCUGUGAGGGACAAUUGAGGACCGCAACGCUGAAGACUAAAAGGACUUCGAUCCAUGUAGAUGAAAAGCAUACUACUUUUGCAUUGCAUCAACUAGAUCUUGUAUAAAGAGAGAAAAAAAAAAAUCCCAAAAAUAGUAAAUGGUGAUACAGGAGUUCUUUGUGUGUGGUUUAUUUUUGUAUUAUUAUGUUUUGUUUUGUUUUUUUUCUUUUUAAAUAAGAAAAGGUAUUUCCUUCUCAUGUGUUUGUGCUUCAGGGCGCAGUUUUAAACCUCACACCCCUGCUCAACAUGUUAACUGCUCAUUCCUGUAGUCUCCAUGCUUGUGGAUUUGACACGCGGGUCACAGUGUUUCCCGUGUUCAUGAAUUAUUUCACAUUUAUUUGGGGAAUUGUAGUGUAAAAUGUAUGUAUUUGUUCUAAACAACGACCCACUUUUGAGGCUUUCUCCACCCAACUUUUUACUUUUCGGCAUUUAUAGAAGCUUACCGCAGAAAAAAAGAUGCUUUUAUUUUUGUUUCCCUCUUGUCAUUAGUCUAUAGUUCCUGUACAUUUACUUUUCUGAAUCUCACGUUUCUUUUAUACGCUUGGUUUUGUGAGUUGCUAGAUAUGAGUUGGGAUUCUUCUCAAGCUGUGCGGCAAAAGUUUGAACCAUUUUCAUUCUCUGCUUCGGACUGUUUGGACUUAUGGAUGCAGGCCUGUGUAAAUGCGAAAACGCUGAAAAGUCGGGAGAGGUUUUGAUUGGUAUGUCUUUUUUGAAUGGAAGUUAGAAACAGUUUGUUCCUGUUUCUAGUGGUUGGGAAAUGUUGCUGAUGGAUUGUUGGCUUAGCCAGAGUUUGAACUCAGUUGUAAAUUAGUUCUUUCACGUAGCAAGACGUACAAAAAAAAAAAAACUCUUUGCCUUUUUUAUAUAAUUAUCUGUAACAAAAUGUUUUUACAUGUUGUCAUCUAUUGAUUGCUUUUGUGUCUUGACAUAUAAAAGUAAUGGAAUUCUG